AUGUCUUACGCUUAUUUAUUUAAAUACAUCAUUAUUGGAGAUACAGGUGUGGGCAAGUCUUGCUUGCUGCUACAGUUCACAGACAAGAGGUUUCAGCCGGUUCAUGAUCUAACUAUAGGUGUUGAGUUUGGAGCUCGCAUGAUAACCAUUGAUGGCAAACAGAUCAAGUUACAGAUAUGGGACACAGCCGGUCAGGAGUCUUUCAGGUCCAUCACAAGAUCUUAUUAUCGAGGGGCAGCGGGGGCACUUCUCGUCUAUGACAUCACAAGACGUGACACGUUUAACCACCUGACUACAUGGCUAGAAGAUGCUAGACAGCACUCCAACUCUAACAUGGUCAUCAUGCUUAUUGGUAACAAGAGUGAUCUAGAGGCAAGGAGGGAGGUCAAGAAAGAGGAGGGUGAGGCUUUUGCCAGGGAGCACGGCCUGAUUUUUAUGGAGACAUCUGCCAAGACUGCAGCCAACGUGGAAGAGGCAUUUAUCAACACUGCCAAAGAGAUUUAUCAGAAGAUUCAGGACGGUGUCUUCGACAUUAACAAUGAGGCCAACGGAAUAAAAAUCGGACCACAACAUUCUCCAGCCAAUCAGAGCUUGAACGUUGGAGGAAGUGGAGGCAACCAAGGAGGUAGCUGCUGCUGA